AUGGCGGUGGUCGCCCUGCAAUUUAUGAGAGGAUAUAAGAGUGCUCUCAGCUGGCUCCCAGACACAGCAGAAAUGAAGCACAUUCUCAUUCUUCCAUUCCUGCUUGCCGGCCAUAUCACUCCCAUGCUAAACCUCUGCUGCAAGCUCGCACGGAUCACGCUCCUCAUCAACCAAGACGCGGUCGAGACAGUGGUCAAGAUCUACGAGGAGCUCGUGGCCGGGGGAGAUCUCAGCGCCGAGGUAGCCUUCACUGUGGAAUCGAUUCCUUUCUCCUGGCCUCCGAUCCGGCGGUUAGGCCGUGACACCGCAAAGCUUGCCGAGGAAGUCGCCACCAGAGCUCUCGAGUCGAGCAGCGGUCCAAUUUCGUUUCUUCUGUCGGAUAUUGGACUGGGAGUUCCCAGAGUGGUUCUCUUCAUCACCGUGUUCCUGGAGUUUGGGAUCAUUCUCCAAAUGCCACGGCUCAUCUCCCAGAAGAUAUACAGUCCUUUCACUAUUUCCAGACGCUCUCCAGUGCUACUGGAACGCGCUCCUGCGAUGCAUGUCGCGAGCCAGGGAGAACGAGCUCAUCCUCGUCAACUCGUGCCACGAGCUCGAAGAAGAGGCCUACGGUGCGGCGCUCGAAAUCCACAAGCUCCCAAUCCACCACUGGUCGCUUUGUCUCCAUUGCAGUGGCAGGACUCCGGCGCUACGUCCGAGUGCUUGGAGUGGCUGGACAGGAUCAAGUUACCCCGAUCUGUCCUCUUUGCGUCCUUCGGCUCCCUCCUGCAGCUCCCAUCGUCCGAGCUCGAAGAGAUCCUUCUAGUUGGCGGGUUUUUCACUCACUUUGGCUGGAACUCCGCCUUGGAAAGCAUCUCAGCUGGAGUUCUAAUGAUCGGGAAACCAAUCAUGGGAGACCAACUUGGAAUCCGGCGGUUUGCAGUGGAUCGCUGGAAGAUCGCCUUGGACAUUCCAGAGGACAAGGAUAAGAAGUUGCUCAGGGAGGCCGUCAAAGUAGCGUUGCGCGAGCUGUUUGGCAACGAAGAGCUAUACGCUAACGCUGCUCGACUCAGCAAAUCAGUGAAGAAGGCCCAGGAAAGUGGAGGUUCGUACAAAUGCUGGGACAUGGCUAGGAAGUAA